CGGGAACCAAAACAAGCGUCGCUGACAACCAGAAUUACCACAAGCGGACGCGGUUGUGUUUUCUUUCGCUCGUGCUUGUUUGAAGAUUUCCAUAGAUUUUACUCGCCAUUGUGCGUCGUGAGAAAAACCAGCUAGCGGCAAUGCAACAAGCGAAUGCCGUACGGCGAUAGGUAGUUCUGCUAAAGAAAAACUACAUUUGCAAACGCAUUUCUGUGGUGCAGCUAGAAGAACAUUAGAAUUCCGGUUUUGUUAUUGUGUAUGUGCGUCUUAGAAUUGUAGCGUACAAGUGUUUCGCUCCGUGUAACUGUGUGUGUGUGUGCGCGUACGUCCUUUUUUGCUUUUUGUUUUUUUUUGUUGUAAAUGCAACCAAGAGCAUACCGAUUGCCUUGAACAGUGCGGAAUGCUUCCGAUGUGUGCGUGUGUACGUGUGUGAGAGCGUGUGCUAUGGUGGUGUGUUACGGAAUCCUUUUUGCACCUACGCUGCACAAACGCAGUCAGCAAGGCAGGCAGGUCGAAAUCGUUUUCAAAGGUUGACAACAAUAGUGGGUGGAAAGGCAGGAAACGGCACAGUAGGGAAUAAACGAAGUGCUGGCUGGGCACGCUGGGGCUUCUUCCUGGAUCCGGAAGCAGUAGUAAAUCGAGAAGAGCCUUCGAGCACGUACGAAUGUACAGACACAUUCAUGCGCGUGCAGAACAACGCGGAGGUGGUGCGCGGGUGCAGUAAGAAUCAAGCAUAAAGCAUAAAGCAUAGAAACACGCACACCGCCCCAGUUCUUCCAACCCUGUGCCCCCUGUUGGCGGAUGUCGUGUGUUCGUGUUUUGGUACGGUCCUGUUGUGCAUUUGUGAGUGUAUGCUGUGUGCCUAUGUGAAUUCGAUGGGCAAAUUGUUUUCAUGAAAAGCAAAUCCCUGUUGUGUCUCUGUGUUUUCUGUGGCGAGGCUACAAUCUCGCAAUAGUGAAAUAGAAUGCCGUGGCGUUAAUUAAGGCAGAAGGAGCAUGCGAAAAGAUUGGUUGCGUUGGUUUUAGAUCGUAGUGAGCUAUGACAACAGCUAAACAUCGUCACGUAGACCACAUUAGCUACCAUUAUUAAAACGCAGACCAUCGCUUCUCUACGGACUUUCUGGAAGCAUCGUACAGCGUGAGCAGUGGAAGAAAUGCAGCUUAAACGGCCGCUUAUAUUAUAGAGGAAACAUGCUGUAGACCGUCUUAAUCUGUUGCAAGGUGGUCGUCUAACGUUUUAAAUUAACGGAAGUAAAGACGGAUCACAAGGUCGUGCAACAAACUAGAAUUGGAUCGGCGACUUAUCAUUGUGCGUCUUAUCAAAACGUAAAUAACCUACAUUAUCAGACGAAAGCGCAUCCCUUAUUCGUAGUGGGUUCCAUAUUUUGAUGAUAGAUAAAUUAUUACACACGUAGAAUAGAGCAAAGUGUAGACAUUCCUGUAUUUAUGCGUCUAUGCGUGGGCGUAGACAAGUUUACUGUGAGAUUACAUCGUGGAAUUUUAUCUGUGAUAUUGUGAAAUGUUCAAAGUGCGUUAAAUGUGCGUUGGUGAAUUGAUCGUACCGUACUUGUUUCGAAUGUCACACACAAAGUAAAAAGGUUUCCGAUUUAAAUGUGUACCUCUGCGCAAAACAGCCUUUUGCUCAUCGAUGCAGCAACAGCGAUAAGCGCAGGAUAAGGUUACAUUUUAGAACUGUUUUAGAUUAGUUGACAACCGACCAACGCACACGGAGUGCGUUCAGCUAUAUAUCCUCCAAGAGGAGUACACAAACAUUACGCUGCAUAGAUUUGAAGGAGCCAGGCGAAGUCCAAUAUGGCAUGUUUGUGAAGGUUUUAGCGGUAGUUACGUCUAUCCUGUUGUUAAUCGCGUUGCGUCCAUAAACUGUAAACGUGUCCUAUUCGUUAAGAGGGAAAAGGUUUCAGCAGCAAACAGUCCAACAUUGUCCAAGGUUGUGUUUCUGUCGUGCCGUUGAUUUGUCGAUCGAACCCCCAAAGAAAUUCGCUAUGCCCGAUGAAGCAUCGUACCAGGUGUUCAACUAUGUGGCGGAUUGCUUCAUCAACGUUCCGGUUGCCGGUCGCGAGGAAGAAAAUACGUGCGAGUAUGUCUGCCGAUGGGUUUGCCAACAGUUGAAAAUUAAGCCGGUAGUCUUUGCGCUCGUCGGUUUGCGAAUCCACGGGGAAAAAUGGUUUCUGGCCGGAUGCAGUCGUCCGUCGACGGACAAGAAGUACGAUUUUCGGCUUCGCUUCAAGGUUCCCGAUCUGUCCUGCCUAAAAGCACUCGAUCAAGAGCUGUUCAACUACUACUACAGCCAGCUACGGUACGAUCUGCUACACAAUCGCAUCCCAGAGAUCGACUACCGAAAGUACAAAAACAAAAUACUCGGCUAUGUCGUAAACGAUAUGUACCGGAAGAUGAUCGAGGACAAGAUCGGGUUGAACGAGCUGAAGCGCGACUUCGAGAAGUACAUACCGCGAAAGAUUAGCCGGGAGCAUUCGGUGUGUUUCGUCAAUGUUGCCCAAAAGCGAAUAUUUCAGUCACUCAACCUUAUCCAGAACAGAGAUCAUGACGUGAAUUACGUGAAGAAUGUCUAUAUCAACGAUAUCGACAACAUUGCGCCCGGCUAUCUGUAUGAGGAGUAUGCCGCCGAAAUUCAGUAUCCAAGGGGAGAGUUCAGUUCGCGUACUGGCAAGUGUCCGGUAAAGUUACGGUUUCAACCGUACGGGACGACGCUAUCUACUCGCGACACCACCAAGUAUGCAUCCACCGGCGGUGGAUUGGAGCGAACGUUGGAGCAUGAAGAUGCCACGACAACACCCGGACUGAAGGUGUUCUAUGCCAGCAAGUGGCAACAUGUGACGAAUAUCGACGAAAUACUCACCAUACUGGUGGAAAAGCUGACGGUGAAACUCGCACUGGAAGACCAGUCGGAGCCGUACUGUAUAGACUUUCAUGAUCAGACUGAAUUGCACUCUUUCGUAACCUGUCUAGCCGGGUACUAUAGGUUAAUGUGCAAAUGGACCGUAUAUCUAUGUCAGGAUUAUCUUUCCUCGCCGAUGCUCAACUUGCUGAAAGAACUCAAGUGCCACGGACCCAUCGGCGGGAAAUAUUCCACCGAUAAAAUACGGGAAAAGAAUAGCAGCUGCGGUGCUUGCAUAAUACGGCAGUGUGAGGAACGGUACGAUACCUUCUAUGUCGAUAUGCUCGAAACCGAUGGACUGAUAAAAACGUAUAAGCUUAUCCACGCCGAAGAUCAGUGGCACGUGCAGGACGAGAAGGAGGAACAGGUAUGCCGGUACAACCAGCUGACGGAGGCAUUGAAGAGCCUCAACCCUGAGAUAACGAGCGUCUAUCGAUUGCCGCCGUCGGACAACGACACCGCGCCCAAUCUGUUACUCUGCCGGCCAACCGUAAAGUUCUCCCCGAAGCGUUUGCUGCGUGGUGGAACGCAGGAACUCGGACAAAAGCGUGCCGGUAUCAUCAAUGCCGCCAAGGAACUAGUUAUCAAUCGCAAUGCCGUGGAAGACGAAAGCGAUGGCUUCACGAAACGUACGCGUGCAGACUUUUUACUUCCUAACAAUAGCAAGAUGGAGGUGACGCUUAAAUUACUCAAGAACGAAAAGGAGGGAGAUUAUCUUAAGGACUUUAUGCAGGUAGCUGGACAGUGGGCAACGAUCGACUCGAUCGAUAUUAUUAAGCUUUACGGUAUGACCGUGUGCAAGCCGAUCACGAUGGUGCUAGAGUAUCCGCGUUACGGUCGAUUGGAUGAAUUUUUGCGAACACGCCGCACCACGGUACGUCCAGCCGCGUUGAUCGAGAUAGGCCAUUCGCUUGCCCGCGCACUGUACUACUUGCAGAAGCACGGCAUAAUUCACGGAAACAUUCGGUGCUCAUCGAUGUUGGUUACCCAGUACGAUGAUGGGGAACAGCGCGUGCUGGCAAAGCUCGGUGAUCCGGGCAUGCACGGACAGCGACGGUUGACGAAGCACGAUCUGCUGUGGAUACCGUACGAGUAUCAGGAUUUAAGCGAACAGAGUGUUGUCAGCUUGCGGCAAGAUCCGGCCACGGAUGUGUGGGCCUGCACCUCGACACUGUGGGAAAUAUUUAGCCGUGGCAUCAAGAUGCACGUGUACAAACCGGCUGAAUUUCUGCCCUCCCGCAAAUGGCUCCAGACAAUGCCACAGGAGCUGAAGGAUUCGAGGCAGAUCUACGAAUGUCUGAGCUGCGGUUGGCAUGCGGAUCCCGACAAACGCAUUGCACCACAAGCGAUCGUGGGACUGUUAGUUCACGCACGUCAAUUAGAUGGAAGCUACUGUACGGUGGGCAAUGGGCACGUUAAUGGUCAUUCGACAAACAUGUUGAAUGGAACUGAUUUCAAAAAUAGUAUUCUGUCAAUGGAAACGAAUUCCACAUUGGUACGAUCGCGCACCGACUGCACCUCUUCGUCUUAUGUCAGCAACGGAAGCGACAGUGAGCUGCGUAGUAAUGCAUCAAGUGGAAGUAGCUCGCUGCCGUUGCUGCCAAAUCCUAUCAACCGUUUCAGUGGCGAUUCUUACUUUGAGAAAACGUUCGUUAACUGUUCCGACUACAUACAACUUAGCAGCACUGAGCGAAUCUUCUUCCAUAACAAGCUCGGCGAAGGCAAUUUCGGCCGAGUGUAUCGAGGAACGCUCGAGCGCGACAACCAACCACCAAGGGAAGUCGCACUGAAAACAAUCUACAGCGAUCGGCCUGAUCUGGGCCGGGUGAAGGAUGAUUUUCGGCGUGAGGUGGAUAUCAUGAAAAGUUUGCGACACAAAAACAUCGUAGAAUUUAUUUGCUUUAUCGAGGAGCACGACAAACUGGUGGUGGUGAUGGAUCACGUACCGAUGGGUUCGCUGCUAGAGUAUCUUCCGUACAUGCGGUGCGAUCUGAAGGAACCGGAUCUACUAUGGAUGGCACGGGAUAUUGCAAAUGGUAUGCAGUAUCUGUUUGAGAAGAAGAUAGUACACCGUGACCUAGCCGCGCGUAACAUUCUGGUGGAGAGCAAAAAAUGCGUAAAGAUAUCGGACUUUGGUCUAGCACAGGUUACCGAAGGUAGCAACUAUUAUGUAGCGCGACAUAGCCGCGAACUGCCGAUACGCUGGUACGCACCGGAAACGCUCGAAACGCAGAAAUAUUCCUUCCAAUCGGACGUCUGGUCGUUCGGUGUGACGUUGUACGAAAUGUUCACGUACGGCGGUUCGCCGUAUGGACAGGUAGACGUGAAGAGUGCGACCCAGUUGUAUCAACUGUUACAGUGUGAGACAAAGAUAUUACAGCUUCCCGAACAGUUCUCGCAUGUGUACGAUAAGUUAAUGGCACCCUGCUUUAAGCGAAACCCACACGAACGGAAGACUUUCAGCGCACUAUUGGAGGAGCUGAACGACAUGAUAAAUCAAUACGGUGAACCGAUUUACUAGGUGUGCAAUAUAUGGAUAAGCGCUUGAAAUGCUCAUGAUUCGUGUUAGAAUCUAUGAAUAACUUAAGAACGUGUUGCCGUAUCGGUUCGUGAUCGGUAUGAUCAUACGGAGAUUAUCUGCAACCGCCGGAAAGGAGGAAGCAAACGUAAAUUAAUACUAGCAAUUAACGAAGAGAACCGGCUUCUGAAGAGUGGAGUUGGUGUUAGUUCUGCAUUUUAAGCUCACAGAUUAGAGUCACAGAGCCGUGACAUCUACCGUACAGCGGUGGUUGCGUCCAAAAUGAUAAUAGUGUAUAGUGAACCGACCGCCACCGCUGUACGCACACACACACACGCCGCCAUGAUUAUUGUAGCGUGACUAAAUGGUUGUUAUAAAGUCGUCCUGCCUAAAAAUGCUGCGCUAUCAGUUGUUUACGAUUGCACGCACUGAUGCUAUAUACUCACACUCUCAAAUGUUGUCAAUUUUGAUGAUCAUUAGAAACUGCUAUUUGUUGUGCAAUGUAGAGAAGGAAGCAAACAAAAACACACAUACACAAACAGAUUUGCACUUAGGGGACCGAAAGUAUUGAAUGACGUUUUAAUCGUUCCUGCCGCUACACAAAAGAGUGGCGAAAGUAAAGAAAAGUUAGAAAAACCUGCCGGUGUACAAGAAAGUAUUCUGCAAACGAAUCUUAAUGGUUGUCCUUUUUACAAAAUACUCGUCGUCCCGUGUUCUAGCGGUGGUUUAAAGUCUAUGGAUUUGGUUUGCGCUUUUCCGCAACUGUGUACAGAUUAAGAAGGAUUAGAAACACUUACAAAUACACACAGAUACGAGCAAAAGAAAAACACACAACUUAAACAAUGUUGUCACUAUACUCGUAGUGGGCACGAAACCCGUAUAGUUUGUAUGCCAAUCUUGCGCCUAAUGUGGUAAAAAUAAUAAUGAUUAAAGCGAUGAAAGAACACAACUAUUAUGAUCUUGAGCAUAAUGCGAUAAGAACGAGAGAGAGAGGGGGAGAGAAAGUGAAGGAAAAAAAUGCAUUAGUUUGUAGAUCGAAUGCACAAGACACGAAGUAUGGCUAUAAUGCGCUAAAACCCUCGAGAUUGUGGUAAAAAAAUUGAUGAAAUGUAUGUGCCGUGAUUAUGUAUACUUAGAUGUGGCUUAUUAGUAAAAUGAAACAAACGAAGCGAACAAAGAAAAUCUAUUAAACUCGAAUAAGUUCUGUCAGACGUAGUGUGGAAAAAGUAGAAACGAAAGGAAAAGCAUAGAACAGGGCACGCGUUUAGCUGAAAGCUUUUGCAGUUAGACACGGUCUAAUGAAGGGAAACAAACCAAUUUUUAACCAAUUUUGUUAGAGUAGAAAACGCGCUAAAACCUACCCGCGUGUCGGAACUGAUCGCGUAUUUUUUUAAUGACUAACUUUUAACUGCACUCUUUGUGAUUUUUUAUGAGAAAUCGAUUUUUGUUUUUCUUUUUGUUACAUUUUUUUCUACAAAGAAUUUCAUUCUUAACUAGCAGAGAAAUGAAGUGGAGUUGACGUAGUAGUAGCAGCAAGCAGAAUUAGGGAAAAUGUAACCGAUUUUAAAUGCACACGAUUUAGACCAGCGAUAUGAAAUGAUUGAAUUUAAUAUUCAGUACAACGAUGACCAACUGAUGAACCAUACGCGAACAAACAUGAAAACGCUUCCAAAAGUAGUUCAAAGUUUUAGCCAACAAUGUAAGGAGGGUAUGACCAUCUUGCAAUAGCAAAAAAAAAAUCCACACAUCAUUCAUGGCAAAAUUCGGGGAAAAAAACGACCAUCGACGAAGACAAAUUUUACACUACACUAACGUAAAUCUUCACCUGAUAUUUAAUGGGAAAUGCGGUAACAGUACUUGCUGCCCAAGUGUGUGACGGAACGCUUUCGAUCCCUUCCAUCAUUGCACCAUUCCUGAUAUCUCCCAGAAGUGAAGUAGUUUAAUCGAAUAUUAAGAAAACGAACAAGUUUAGAACAAAGAACAAAUAUUAUUAACAUAAUGAACAUAGAUCAAUUUCUCAAAAGUGCCACUUAAAUUUGCAACCCGAAGACAAAGUACUAACGAGUUAUAAAGCAGAAAGCGAAAAGCAUAGCAAAAAGAGAUUUAAAAAAAAAAUCACAACUUGUAGUGUGUUUGAACAACGAUUUACCAGCCAUGACCACCAUUUGGGAAACAAACGAGAGGAGAGACACAAAAAGACAUGCAAGCAAAAGCAAACUCAAGAAGAAAAAAGAACAUGCAGCAGACAUGAGCGGAAAGUGUAGCGUGUAGUAGUCGCUUAAUGAUGCUUUAACAUUCUGCACCACGGUGGUUUCAUACAAAGAACAACUUAGGUAUUUGCAUUACGUCGUAGGGGAAGGUGUUACCGAAACAGAAAGAUUAAACCCCACGGUACAUGUUUAACACGCGCACUUAAUGCAAUGCUAGAAGGAUACAAAUAUGAGGUAUAUAAAAAAGAAACUCUUUGAGGUAAGUAAUACAGCUAGCGAGAAGAAAUGAAAAACGGAAUUUAGUUUAGAAAUAUCGGAUAGGAAACUUACUAGAUAUGCGUGCAGACACAUACAGACACAGAAAUUGACCAAUGUAAGUUUGUUACUUAAGCAAACGCGAGUCCUUUUGUGCUGUUUUCAAGAUGAAAUUUCGACAAAGUUUAGUUGGAAUGGGAUGUUUGUGAAGCAUGAAAGUUGCUUGGCUUCGUUCGGUCAUAUAGUGUAGAUGAUGGUAUAAAGGAAGCCCAUCUUACCACCAACUCCCGAUUUCGGGUAAAAUCUCGACUAGAUCCAUAGACACACAUACACAUGCAGGAAAAGGGCUCUUGGCUUGAUAGAGUAAUGGUGUAACAAUGAAGUAUCCGAUGCAGGGAUACCAUGCCAAUUAGAAGCGGCAACAGUUAGUAAAGUGGUGCCCAAGUAAGGCGAAGAAGAAAGUUGCUUAGAGUGUGGCGAUGCUGUGGGUGUGCGCCCCCAAAAAAAGACAUGGUGAUGAUGUCGGUAAAACAGAGUGAGCGUUAAACAAUGGUUUCUCCCAACACACACACACGUGGACUAAUGUUAGUGUAUGUGCGGCACAUAGAAAUAUGCAAAGUUGAUGGAUGAAAAGCGCAAUAGAGUGUAUACUGUUCGAUAUUUAAGUUUUCUAGUGCUUUUCCCCACCCAUUCAUAAACUCCAUGUAUGUGUAUUUGUGCGUGUGAGAGAGUGGAAGCGUCCAGGAGGGGGGUUCAGGAAAUCCGUCAGCCUCCAUCGGUCUCUUUAGUCAUUUUAGGUCGUUAAGAAGAGAGGAUUGUGAUUGCCGUAGUAUAUAGUUUAUAUUGAUCCCGAUUAUCGGACCGAAAAGUGAAUAAGAAAGCGAGCGAAAGAGAGAGAGAUGAAUUUAUAUAAUUAUUUUUCUAUAAAAAGAAAGUUAGUUUAAAUGAAUUAAGUUCUUCAUUUCGUUUCAUCUGUUUUACAUGCUCUAACACAUAGGAUGUGACUGUUGACGUAGGGUAAAGUUCUGUUAUAUCGUGUGCAUGAGUGAACGAUAAAUGCACAAUAUUUAGAUGCCGCCUGAACAAUUUACUGAACCACCUUUACUUACUUCGUUUGCGCGCGCUACAAAAGGUUGUGUUUAUAUGUAUGUAUGCGCCUUACGAGUUGCGCCAUCCGGCUUAUACUUAGAUAGAUACGAAAUAAUUUUUUACCGAAGGGUUUUUUGUAGUUUAAUUAUGAACUAUAAUUAUGAACAGAUUACACCCCCCCUUUUUGUGUACCGAAGUACCUUUGAGCAGAAGAAGAGACCGAUGUAAGAUGUGGUAGUGUUGAAUUGUGUUGAAUUUGGAAUUCUUAGUGCACACACUAUGCCUUUUUAAGCGUUAGGUUGCGUUUAUAUAGGUGCUGAAGCAUCAGAUUUUACAACUGAUUUGCUUUCAGUUUUGUUUACCUCUGAAGAUUUUGUUGGCUUUUGCUUUUUUUUAGCACGAUUAAAUAUACUGUACAAAACGUACGAAGAUAAAAUUUGAUAAGGCAAAUGAAGAUAGUGUCCUACGUGUCCCCAUCCUCCCGUGAUUCCAAUGUAGUAUCCAAUACCUCCCAAAUAAAAAUCGAUGGUACAACGUUACACAGAAGCGUCAGACUUAGCAUAAUAAUUUUGAUCCAGCUGAGAAGUAGUUAGGCUCGUUUAGAGCUACCACACAAUAAUAAAAAAAGCAUAGCACACACUCAUCACCCACACAUGGUGCACCCAUGUUUGUAUUCCCUGGUUAUCCUGGUCAUCCUGGAGAGACAAAUUGUGAUUUGAUGUGAAUUCUAACCACGAUAUAUCUAAAUAAUACGAUGUGCCCUGAGGGUGUGUGUGGUGUGUGUUGCAUGAGUUAGGGUGGUGAGAAUAUUUUUCAUCGUCCAAACUCGUUCGCUCCACAAUGUGCGAGGGUACUUGUUGUUUUACUGUGGCUUUGGGGUAUUACUAAGGAUAACGAACACAGAUCAAUUGCCCAUUUUUUAAUGUACUGUCAUUGUCGUGAAAGCAAAAAAGAAAACAGAAAACACAAACACAUCUGUCCACCCAAAACAUUUACUGACCAUGAUCCACCAUUGUAACCACUUAAAGUAAACAAGCGAGCUCGAAAAAGAGAAAAAAGGAUAUCUUCCUCUUAAGAGAUUGAGUAAAAAACUAAAUGUUUUAUCGGUGUUCACAGUGAAUAAAAAAAGGGUAAAAGGAAAAACAUAAAACAAAAUAAAUCGUGCAAUUCAAAUGUA